UCGUGAAUGAAAUGUUACAUGUUAUGAAUGUUUGUUUUACGCAGGACUGAAAUGGAGAAACUUCACCUGGAAGAGAAGGCAUCACUGGAAGAGAACCAAACCUGCACAAACCCAGGCGGACAUGAAGAUAAAGCCUCAGUUGGUCCCAGCGAUGGACAGCAGGUUCAGCCCACCCAGAGGCUGCAGAAAAAACACCGUUGUGACAAGUGUCCGAAACAUUUCAGAUUGAAGUAUCUGAAAAUUCAUCAACGCAUUCACACUGGAGAGAAGCGCUAUCUCUGUGACCAGUGUGGAAAGACUUUCAUUCACAAGAGUAAUUUUAACACUCAUCUGCGAAUCCACACUGGUGAAAAGCCUUAUAGCUGCAGUCAGUGUGAGAAGAGAUUCAAACAAUCCACAGCUCUGAAGUGUCAUCAGCAAAUCCACACUGGUGAAAAGCCUUAUAGCUGUAGUCAGUGUGAGAAGAGAUUCAAACGUUACUCAAAUCUGAAGCGUCAUCAGCGAAUCCACACUGGUGAAGAGCCUUAUAGCUGUAGUCAGUGUGAGAAGAGAUUCAAACAAUCCACAGCUCUGAAGUGUCAUCAGCAAAUCCACACUGGUGAAAAGCCUUAUAGCUGUAGUCAGUGUGAGAAGAGAUUCAAACGUUACUCAAAUCUGAAGCGUCAUCAGCGAAUCCACACUGGUGAAGAGCCUUAUAGCUGUAGUCAGUGUGAGAAGAGAUUCAAACAAUCCUCAGCUCUGAAGCGUCAUCAGCGAAUCCACACUGGUGAAAAGCCUUAUAGCUGUAGUCAGUGUGAGAAGAGAUUCAAACGUUACUCAAAUCUGAAGCGUCAUCAGCGAAUCCACACUGGUGAAGAGCCUUAUAGUUGUAGUCAGUGUGAGAAGAGAUUCAAACGUUACUCAAAUCUGAAGUGUCAUCAGCGAAUCCACACUGGUGAAGAGCCUUAUAGCUGUAGUCAGUGUGAGAAGAGAUUCAAAAAAUCCUCAGCUCUGAAGUGUCAUCAGCGAAUCCACACUGGUGAAAAGCCUUAUAGCUGUAGUCAGUGUGAGAAGAGAUUCAAACGUUACUCAAAUAUGAAGCGUCAUCAGCGAAUCCACACUGGUGAAGAGCCUUAUAGCUGCAGUCACUGUGAGAAGAGAUUCAAACGUUCCUCACAUCUGAAGCGUCAUCAGCGAAUCCACACUGGAUAAAAAGCCUGAUCCACGUAAGACAGCAGCAACAUCUGGAAUGUGAGGGAACUUCUUUCUCUCCUCCUGUCUUCU